AUCAACGAGGCUUGUUCGUUAGCUGGUUUUUCCCCAUGGAUGGAUAUCCACCGGGGCCCAUACCAAUUAGCAUUACACACUGCUUUCCCCUCGUUCGUCGGACAUCAGUGCCCCGGCUUCAGAAUCAUCCUCUGCUAGCCGUACUAUAAAAUCGGUGCCCCUCCGCCACCCAUCUCCGGCGAUAGCCUAUACCAUUCUUCCCCUUUGUAUAAUUAUUGCCUCUCAAUCUCAUAACCCCAUAACCUCAUAAUCUCAUACACCUCUCCUCCCCAUAUCAAUCCCCUCAAUCCGCCCACCAUGUCCCCGCCCGCCAUCAUCGCCCCCUCAAUCCUGAGCGCCGACUUCGGCACCCUGGGCAGCGAAUGCUCAACCAAGAUCACCCAAGGAGCCGACUGGCUACACGUCGAUAUCAUGGAUGGCCACUUCGUCCCCAACAUGACCUUUGGCGCCCCCGUCGUCACUCAGAUCCGCACCCACGUUGCCCGUCCCACCGAGCCCAACGGCAAGGGCACCUUUGACUGCCACAUGAUGAUCCAAGAGCCCCACAAAUGGGUCAAAGAAUUCAAAUCCGCCGGUUGCGAUCUCUACUGUUUCCACUACGAAGCGGCCAUUUCCUCCGUUGCCGCGACCAGCCCCGCCGACACCACCACAACCACCAAGACCAGCCCUAAGGAUCUUAUCCGGUAUAUUCACGAAGAGGGCAUGCAAGCCGGUAUUGCCAUCAAGCCUGAUACCCCCGUCGAUGUGCUCUGGGAUAUCCUCGCCAAUGAGAAUGAGAAGGAGCGGCCGGAUAUGGUCCUUGUCAUGACCGUGCAUCCCGGCUUCGGCGGCCAGAAAUUCAUGGCCUCCGAGUUGCCCAAGGUCAAGGCUCUGCGGGAGAAAUACCCCGAUCUUAAUAUCGAGGUUGAUGGUGGGUUGGGUCUGUACACUAUCGAUCAGGCCGCUGAAGCAGGCGCCAAUGUGAUUGUUGCUGGUUCGGCAGUCUUUGGCGCUCAGGACCCCGCCGACGUCAUCGCGAAGCUUCGUGAGGCUGUCAACAACUACAGGAAGGAGUAAAUAGGGGUAAACCCCCUCCUCAAAAAGUUUCGCUUCAUGUGACACGAUUUUCGUUGCAGUCUCUCGCGUUUCUAUUUGCUCGUUCCGUUUUCUAACCUAUUCCUGGCGCCUAACAAUUUUUAAUGUUCUCUUUUACGGAUUCCCCGUUGACAUGUGAUGAGCAACGGAUCGAUUCGGACGGCCGAUGCGCGUUCGGGCACUUAGAAGGUGAUGUUUGGAUAUAGAAAAACAGCGGAACCCUCAAGAUGUAUGUAAAGGAAAGAGUCCAGGUACAUUUCGAACAAACAGCCUCAAAUGCAAUAAAAAAGGAUACAGGCAAUAUCAGUCAAACAUGGU